CAGGGGCCUCGGCUCCGCAACUGCCACUCCUCCUCGGGGUGUUGCACAAGUUUCGAGGUCACCGGCGACCCCCCCUAGCAGCGCGCCUGGCUCUGGCCCCCGCGAAGGAGGACCGGGCUUGAUUGGGAAACUGAGGCUCGGAGAGGCAGUGAAUGACAUCUAGUGUGUUGCAUACUUUCUGAGGCGGCGGGGCGGCGGCUCCAUCCAGCCCAUCGGCUCCUCCUUCUCGGCAUGGCUGGCUACGUGAGCGAAACGGACUUUGUGAUGGUGGAGGAGGGCUUCAGCACCCGAGACCUGUUGGAGGAGCUCACUCUGGGGGCCUCACAGGCCACCACGGGUGAUGUUGCUGCCUUCUUCGUGGCCGACCUGGGUGCCGUCGUGAGGAGGCACUUCUGCUUUCUGAAGUGCCUGCCGCGGGUCCGGCCCUUUUACACUGUCAAGUGCAACAGCAGCCCAGGUGUGCUGAAGGUCCUGGCCGAGCUGGGGCUGGGCUUCAGCUGUGCCAACAAGGCAGAGAUGGAGUUGGUCCAGCGUAUUGGCAUCCCCGCCGGUAAGAUCAUCUACGCCAACCCCUGUAAGCAAAUUGCACAGAUCAAGUAUGCUGCCAAGCAUGGGGUCCGGCUGCUGAGCUUUGACAACGAGCUGGAGCUGGCAAAGGUGGUAAAGAGCCACCCCAGUGCCAAGAUGGUUCUGCACAUCGCUGCUGAGGACUCCCCGAGCCGCCUGAGCUUCAAGUUUGGGGCGUCGCUGAAAUCCUGCAGACACCUGCUUGAAAAUGCCAAGAGGAGCCACAUGGAGGUGGUGGGUGUGAGUUUUCACGUUGGCACUGGCUGUCCUGACCUUCAGGCCUACACUCAGUCCAUCGCAGACGCCCGGCUUGUGUUUGAAAUGGGCACUGAGCUGGGCCACAGGAUGCACAUCCUGGACCUUGGUGGUGGCUUCCCUGGAUUGGAGGGGGCCAAAGUGAGAUUCGAAGAGAUUUGUUCUGUGAUCAACUCAGCCUUGGACCUGUACUUCCCAGAGGGAUGUGGUGUGGACAUCCUUGCGGAGCUGGGGCGCUACUAUGUGACUUCGGCCUUCACCUUGGCAGUCAGCAUCAUCGCCAAGAAGGAGGUUCUUUUGGACCAGCCUGGCAGGGAGGAGGAAAGCGGUUCCACCCCCAAGACCAUCGUGUACCACCUCGGUGAGGGCGUGUAUGGAAUCUUCAACUCAGUCUUGUUUGACAACACCUGCCCUACCCCCAUCCUACAGAAGAAAUCAUCCAUGGAGCAGCCCCUGUACAGCAGCAGCCUGUGGGGCCCUGUGGUCGAUGGCUGUGACUGCAUAGCUGAGGGCCUGUGGCUGCCGCAACUACACGUAGGGGACUGGCUGGUCUUUGAGAACAUGGGCGCCUACACUGUGGGCAUGGGUUCCCUCCUUGAGGGGGCCCAGACAUGCCGAGUCACGUAUGCCAUGUCCCGGGUGGCCUGGGAAGCCCUUCGAGGGCAGCUGCUGCCUGCAGAACAGGACGAGGACACCGAGGGCAUGUGCAAGCCUCUGUCCUGUGGCUGGGAGAUCACAGACACCUUGUGCGUGGGCCCUGUCUUCACGCCGGCGAGCAUCAUGUGAGCGGACCCCGUUCCCCCCCCACCCCUGGAGAACUCUAGCGGGGCCGCAGAGAUGCCUCUGGGAGACUUGGGGAAGGCAGCGAGCAGGGGCACCCUUUGGCCAGGACUCUGGUGCUCACUCUGCUGCCUCCCAUGCCCCACCUGUAGUGUUUCUGCCCUGUAAAUAGGACCAGUCUUACACUCACUGUAGUUCAAGUAUGCAACAUAAAUCCUGUCCCUUCCA